AUGACGCCAACCUGCAAGCAGCAUCCAGGACCAGCUCAUGCCCACCACAUGCAGCACUUGCAGCACUUGCAGUCUUCCCCAGCCAAGGUCACCAGCAGCCCUACAUGGAUUCCCUGGGCCUUUUAUAAUUCUCCCAACCCCCGUCAGCCCAUCAAGUUCAAUCGCGCUCGUCCUUCUGGUCCCCGUCGUUUAAGGUCGACGAGAACCUGUCCGGAUAUGUACAAGAUGUCGAACAAGAUUGAGGAUUCGCAGACGAGAGUGCGCUCCAGGUCUGUAGGCCAGGGCCAUCCUCUCGAUACGAAGUCCCCCACAAUUAAGAAAUUCAAUGGGGCUACGAGGUCGGCGACGGAGUGGAACAAUUUACGCCGGGACCCAGAUAUUUGGUAUCCCGGCGGAAACUGCCUCGUCUAUCUCUAUGCGAGGGGCCAGUCCCAGCGGGGCCCAUCUUUCAAAAUCCCGUUCUCGGCGCUGCUCCACGCUCAUUGCCAUCCGUUGAUUGAGAAGUUUAUUUCCCCCGAUUGCGAUCCGUUUUCGGUCGACGUCGAGUCGCUUCACCAUCGCUACGCCGAAACUCGCCAUGACUCCCUCACCACGAGUCGCACCUUGGAGAUCUACAUCCCGCCGAGGCCCGGAGCUGACAAGGUUCAAGCGUUCGCUUACCAUCUCGCGACUCGUAACUUCUUUGCCUGGUUAUGUCGCCGCUCACUCGUGGGCGAGCAUUUGGGAGCUGCGUUAGUGGGUUUGGUUGGCAGCAUGCGAGAAUACAGGCUCCCGAGUGCAGAGAACGUCAAGGACCUCAUCGAUUACAUGGAACAGGAGGGCUAUCUCAACAUGCGACACAACCCCGACCACGCCUUAGCCAUCCUUUAUCUUGCGGAGAAUUGUAGACUUAGAGGGAUGUAUAUCGAUGCUUUUGCUCACUGCACUGGCAUGUUUUGGGAACUGGAGUCGAGUGCUGAAUAUCAGUUCACGUCACAAGCAUCCAAGGAUCUAUUAUCGCGCGCUCGAGCCGAACUAGAUUUUCGGCUCGCCCGCGCCACGUUUCAACUGCGCACUUUUUGCAAGGACGCCUUCAGCGCAACCGACUCGUGCCUCAAGGUUGGUGCUCUCGCCCACAUGGAACGAUUUAGGGGGUUCCUCCACGCUUUCUACUCUGCCAAGCUUGGCCGAUAUCCGCCGCUGCCACCUCCGAAGUCGUCCGGAGUUUUCCGCAAGGAGGCGUAUCACACGAUGAGAUUCGAUUUUGAAUGUCUCCGAGACCUCCUUGUCGACGAAAGUGAUAGCGGUACUGCUACCGGGAAGCACGCCACCGCAGAUAAGAGCGGCAUUGAUAUCUUACAGAUGAUCCUUUCAUACGAUAUGCAGUGGCAUUACAAGACCCAAAAGCACCCUCUCCCGCUACUCCCCGAUAUAUCCGGGACGACCUCGACUUGGAGGAGAAUGACGCGCCUCAGGGGUGACAAGCUCAAGCCUGAUGAGCGGUUGCUCGCGCAUGCAUCCCUCGUAAAAGCUUACAACACGACCAACCCUCGCAUCAUCCACAACGACCUCGUUCAGGCGUACCGAAGAUUCGAAGAGGACCUUGUUAUGUCGCCGAGCAGAUUUGAUAAGAAGGAAAGGCUCACCUUGCCAGAUGGCCGGAAGUUGAGGUGGGCUAUUAUCUACGCCAUCUGCCAGGUGCUCCGAAACGUCACUGAGCCACCAAGGGAGGUUUUUGACACAGACGGGAUUGAUUACAAUAUUGCCAUCUCGACCGAAGGUCUACCGCCCUGGAAGAUGGACUUAAGUGCCCGACCGGAGACACCACGCCGCCGAAGCAUGUUUGUGGAGAAUUUCUCACCCGAAGGCGCUGGCGCUCCGUCCCCUAUGAAAUCCCCAACAACACCAAGGCGCCAUGGUCAUCUAUCGGAGCAGCUCCUCUCACCGACUAAGCUCGGCCGAUCCAUUUCAUACCGCGCAAAAACUUUAUCCCAAAGCAUUCAAGUCUCUCCCAAUAAUUUCGUUUGCAGACCACUUAGCGUAUUUAGAAGUCCUCCGCCACCGCAGAACUCUCCACGUACGGCGACUCUCGAUUCCACAUCUCAAACUCCGACCCGUUCAGCCCGCCCGCCCCGACUAGCAACAGAGCCCACCGAACUGCCUCGGCCAACAACAUCGGCUAGUGUCGCGGUUCGCAGCUUCCCUCUUGCCGGUAACAGAGCUAAUCUUCAACUGGACAUCCAUAAUAGCAAUCACCAGAACCAGGACCAGCGCCCGAUCGAAGAUGCUCCCAUGACAGCGACGUCCUCCUCUUCCGUGCAGGAGUCCGUUGCUAGCUCUAGUGGGGCGGAGAAUCCGGCAAGUUCUAUUGCGACCUCGCCCGAAGCUAGUCCUAAGCAGGAGCGCAUCAACGCGCCCUGGUCGGAGCCGCCGUUGAUCCCAUUACGACACAAGCGUGAGGUCCUAUCUAUGUUGCCGUCACCCGAGACGCCGGUUCGGUCGCACAUGCGCCCCAGGCCCCAGAGCGCCAUCUUCGUCUCACAGUCAUCAUUCGCGCAUCCUCCUCGGCCGGUAGUCAUGCCAGACUACGCAAUGGGCUACGCGCAGCUCGUGGAGGAGCAGAGGGAAGAGAUUUACAACCACGAGGAGGUUUCGGAUGACAAGCUGGUACCCUCGCCGUUGAGGAUUAAGAAGAGUGUAGAGAGCUUAGCGUCCUUCACUCCCGGAGAUGAUAAGUGUUUGAGUGGUGUGAGGAGAGAGUUUGGAGGGUUGGACGAAGUUUUGAGCGCAUCGCCGGCUUGCCUCUAG